CCUCGACUCCCCCUUUUGCCGAUAACUUGAAGGGUUGUCUGAUUUACCUCGAUGAGGCUCACACUAGAGGCACUGAUCUGAAGCUUCCUGCCGACGCCAAGGGGGCUUUGACAUUGGGGUUGAACCAAACCAAGGAUCAUACCGUGCAGGGUAAGAAGCAACCCCUCUUGACUUCCGUUCUGAUCUAAUUGGAUUAGCGGCAAUGAGACUUCGCCAGCUCGGUACCACUCAGUCCGUCGUUUUCAUCGCGCCGCCCGAGGUCCAUCAGAGCAUUUUGGACGUCUGCCAGAAACAUCCCACAAACCCAGUAGAUUCGGCGGAUGUGGUUCAGUGGCUUCUCCAUCAAACGUGUGCCAGCAAUAGAGAGUUGGAACCGCUCUUCUACGCCCAAGGUGUUGACUUUUGUCGUCGCAUUCAAGCCGUUACGGACCAUCCUGAUUUUCUCCACAAUCGGGCCGACCAGGAUGACUAUAUGGAGACCCUGCAGCAGCCAGAGCAACAAACCUUGGAGGAUCUGUACAAGCCUCGGAUUGACACCGUGGAUGAGUCCGUGACGGGGAUCGAUUCCGACCUGCUCCAAGGAAGGGUUUCUCAGUUCAUGCAGGAACUGCAGAAUCGGCGCGGGCGGUCGGAUCUGGUCCAGAAUUCGAUUACCGGUUCAGCCUUGGAAGAGGUGGAGCAGGAGCGAGAGGUUGCCUACGAGGUGGAAGAGGAGAGGGAGGUACAGCGUCCGGAGCGACUGCAAGCCUAUCGGUUUCCUGGAUUGCAUCCGACCUUGUCCGAAUUCGCACAGACGGGCGUUUUGGAGGGCUCGGGGACCUUGCCUGCCGCCGAGGUGCUUGAUGCCACCAAGAUGGCGCGUGAACACGAGAUGGACUCGGCGGGUCUGCUGUCUCAUCUGCAUGUGUCGAUUGAGUUUACCCGGACGGUCAAGCUCAAGCGUGGGAAAGAACGGGAUGAAUUCAUGCGCCCGGUAAACUGGAUCCUUUGUAACAACCAAUUUGCGAUCGUUGUGAUACCCGAAGAGGCGGAAGCAUUGAUUCCCAUUCUUCGCGCCACUGCCGCCCAGGCCACAUACCUCAUCACGUAUGCCGCGCCGGUGACGAAGGCCAUGCUGCAUUUUGAUAAUCUCGACUAUUAUACCAUUCCUGCCUUGCCGUCACGGUCCCUACUACCGGUCUGGCUAUCGUUCGAGCUUGGCAUCUUUGCGGGACGACUGUAUUUUGAAUAUUCCGAAUACGUUCGUAUCCGGGAGCGAGUGCUGCCGGAGUCGAUGAGCUUCUUGCAGGAAUGGCUGGCAUUGCGUCGCCAGGGACAAGAUAUUUCGCAUACCCCAAUGGGUUAUGUGUGUCAGAGAAGGACGCUGCGGAAGGACCAUCCAUUCUUUUCGGAGAGUAAGACCCAGAAGCAUAUGCUGCGGCCGUUGGGACAGACUUCCACUAGUGCGGAGGAAGAAGAAUAUUAUGACAGUGAGGAAGAGUGGUAUGAAGCGGAGGAGCAUAUUUCUCGGCAGGAGUGGGAGAAACAGCAUGGUCAGGUGGACUAUAAUAGUGCUGAGAGUGACAGCGACAGCGAUGCCAGUGAAGAUCGUGAAGAGAGCGAUGAAGAGACCCGUGACGAAGAGAGUCAAGAGAGUGGUGGCAAUGAUGAAUACUAUGUCAGCGACGAGGAACAAUAA